AUGCCAUGUUUAAGUACAUUUUGUUGCGGCUACGGCCUUCGAUCUGGAGGAUCAUUUAUUGGCUACUUUUCUAUUCUUGUUUACAUUAAGCUUUUAAUAUUAUGUUUGAUAUUUUUGGGUAUCAUUAAAUAUAGAAUAGAUGAAAGUGAAGGAAAUAAUAGCUGGAGUAUAAUAAAUCAAAUUUCAAAUUUGAUUCGAGUACGGUCAAAUAUUUAUACUCUUGAAGCUUCGUUACAAGAGUUAAAAACUUACGGUACUGUUUUGAUCGUUUAUUUGGUUUUUCUACUGUUCGGAAUAUUAUGUGCAUCAUUUCUAAUAACAGGAGCAAGAUUGCGGAAGCCAAGCUAUCUUUGGUGGUGGCUUAUUUAUCAAGGAGUUUUCAUUUUGGUUACUGCUGGGAUCGUCAUUUUAUUUAUUUACAUGAAAGAUGAGAAAUACGGAUUUCUUUCUUAUUUAAAAAAUUAUUUCAUUCGACUUCUCAUAACGAUAUUCCUAAUCAUAUACAUAAGUUUUGUGGUUUUAGUCAUUUAUUUUUGGUUAGCCGUACUUUCAUUACAUACAUAUUUAAAAAAACAUAAAGUUAAAGCCAAAACUAGUGUUGCCGAAAGUCAAGUUGAUUUAACAAAAGAUAUCCGAACAGAUAAUAUGUCCACCAGUUCUAAUUCAAUUCAAAUGAUUCCAAUUAAUAUACCUUCCAUAGAUACAGAAGAAGUUUUGAAGAAGAUCAUGAAAUUUGCAGGUACUUCAGAAUUAUUAAAUAAAUAUUGA